UGUUGGUCACUUGUCAAGUUUCAUUGGUAGAAGAACUGCUAUUAUUGCUGCUAACAUCUUUACCUUAGCCUUCAUUUAUCCAUGGGCUUUCAAACCAAUGUGGGUCACUGCUUUCUUUAUGCAAUUCGGUGUUCAAGGUGCUUGGGGUGUUAUUCCUAGCCAUCUUUCAGAAUUGUCCCCACCUCAAUUCAGAGCUUUCGUUACUGGUGUCUCAUAUCAAUUGGGUAACUUGGUUUCUUCAGCUUCUUCAACUAUUGAAGCUACCAUUGGUGAACGUUUCCCUAUCGAUAUUGAAGAGGGUAUUUAUGACUAUGGUAAGACCAUGGCUAUCUUCUGUGCUGCCGUUAUUGUAUACUUGACGAUUAUUGUAUUCCUUGGUCCAGAAAACAGAAACGCAGAAUUAGGUGUUGAAAGAGAUGAUGUUUACGAAGUCUAUGAUUCUGAUCAAGGUACUCUGGUUGUCCCAGAAAUUUACGAAAAGACACACAAGUAUGAAACCGUUGAAAAGGUAUAA